GUUCGUCUCACAAAUGCACUCGGUCCUUCAACCAGCCACUGUACAAUCGAUCGUUAUGCAGUACACCCACCCCCUCCCUCCCACGCACACACCAUGGGGGCGGUCGGCCCUCUCUCUACCGACUAGUACUACACACACAUCGCCACGGAUUGCCAUGCCAGCCACGUCGACCAAACGAUCUCCAUGAUCAUCCACUCUCAUCGUCCAUUAGUUUCCGUCGCCCACCAUCAACCAAUCUGUCAGUCUGCCUGUCUGUCUGUCCUCUUUGUGUUCAGCGGCUGCGUGUCAAAGUGCAAUCACAUGACGGGCAGCAGGGGUUGUGCUUUGGGCAUCUCCUGCCUAAUCUCAAUCUCAUUCUCUUGCGGCUGCAUCUGGUACUUGAUGACCUUGAUGCGCGGCUUGGUGAACUUGUCACGCAAACUGCACACACACACACACACACACACACGUGUGCGUGUGUCUCUUGUCUGCCCAUGGCGUGUGUCUGCGUGAGUGAGUGUGAAAGCGACCUCAUCAUUUUGUGGGUGAAUAUGGCGUGGCGGGAAAUGUCACUCAUCUGCCCGAUAAUCGCCAUCAGCCGCUGUGCCACACACACACGCACAGACAGACAGAGUGAGACACACGUGCACACGACCAGCCCACCUGCAUCUGUUCGUUUUGCUGGCUGAUGACUUCUUCGAUUGCACGUCUGUCGUUGGCUUGCUUCUCCUGCAGGUCUGACAGCCGACGUCUGUCCUGCCUCUGCUCUUCGUCAAUGAGGCGUCGCUUCGUCAUGAGUGACCCGCUCUCUUGCACACCCAAAUUAAUGAGGGGAUACCUGAACGACACAACAGAGAGACAUGAGUGAGUGUGCUUUGCUGCCUCAGAUACUUGACAUACUUGGGUCGCUCGUCAUUCUUGUCGUCGGCGUGUGCUUUGUGUGCGGUCUGCAUGAAGCGGGGCAGAGCGUUGGUGCCGUCGGCACGGUCGGAUGAGGGAGCCGGGAAGGCAAACAGAUCGUCAUCCUGCUGACUGUCGCUCGCCGCCACCUGCCGCUCAUGCUGCUGCCGCCGCUGCUGCUGCUGUGGCUUCGACUCAGCUCCAGGGGAGGUAAAAAGAUCGUCCUCUUUGCCUUUGGCCGUGUCUGUGCUGGGUGCGGCGGGUGGGCUACCCGACGUCGAUGUGAGGGCGAGCAGUGCCAGGCAAAGAAUGAUAAACUUCAUCAUGAUCAUCGCUCGUACCUCGUUGUCUGUAUGAGCGAGUAUGGUCUAAGGGAGAAGAAUCUGUUUGGGAUGGCGGUGCCGCAGCACCAUAACAGGGGAUAGCAGUAAGGGAUAUCAGGCAGUAUAGGUCGGCGUUGCUGGUUGUGUGAUUGGUUGCUGCUGCUGCUGCUCUUCGCUCGCGUCUAUGAUGUGUAUGUGUACGUCUAUGUGUGUGUGUGUGUGUGU